AUGUACCUCGCUUGGUACAACAUGGGCGCUGUGGAAGAAUGCAAAGAACGCAAAGAGUUUCCUACCUGGUCAUGGACGCGAUGGGGAGGUAAAAAGUACUACCAGGAUCACGGCUACUACACCGUUCGCCGUUCAAAACUCAGAACUCGCAUCCCUAUGGACGACGUGUAUGGGAUACUCAAGAUCGAAAUCCUUGUGGAUGAUAUGGAAUGGCUGAAUGUCUUUGACCAUUUCCACAGACUUCGCGCUCUCGAAGGAUCCAAACUAGGCAAGAUAUUACGAGUCACGGGAAACACAGUGACGCCACGCUACGAUGAGACACCAGAGGGAUUGGAAAUGAUCCUGACGACUGAGUUUGGCUUUGAUCUGCAUCUGAAAACGUUCAUUGACUCCCUCGAAUGGACAUGGGAAAACAUUGCCGACACGGUGGCCCUCGAGAUAUUUGAGUUCUUUAAAGAAUAUCAUGAUAGCGAUGCCUACGGCACCGUUCUCAUUCUGAAAUCAGACGGAGAACAAUACCGGAGAAUUGGUGUAGCAACAAUCAUGGAUCUUACACUCGAUUCUUUGAGAAGUUCACACCAUGAUUCGAUCGAAUUGGGCACUUUGGCUAUAGCAGGAGCAAUAACUCGUACAGUGCACAUAGUAUAG